AUGGCGUCGCAGCAAGUCCUCUUCGCUGAGACGAUAGCGGCUAUGAAAAAGGCAUUCAAGAGGAGAGCAUAUGAACAUCAUACAAACCGUGGGCACAAGCUCAAGAAGAAGGGUCGCUUCGCGCACAAGGGCCAGCUGGUGCCGGCCUCGGGGCCUAGCGCCUACAAAGAGGAAAUUGAUUACGCGGGCGUCCGACGAUCUAUUAUUUCUCGCAAUCCGCCGCUGGUGGACGACGAUGGCUACGAGGUCCUUAGCGAGGAUGAACCCCAACGCGUGGAGAGCGCCAUCCAAGCAGCUGCCGAGCUCAACCCGUACUCCAAUAUUCGCCUAGAACACAUCCUCGCCCCGUUGACCGCAGCCACCGACCUCGCGUCCCACCCGACCCUCUCGAAACCCUUCAUCUCUCAGGACCUCACCGAGCUGGUCGAUCACAGCUGCCAGCUCAUGCGACAGGAAAACCAAUCAUUGUGGCAGGUGCGGCAGCUGUGGACGCCAUUGUAUGGCGACCUCACAUGGAUUCCGUGCGAGCUCAUGAUUAGCGAGAACGAUAAGACGCUAUAUACACAAGACCAUGUCCCGCGCCGAUCAGGAGCGCUGCCGGCAAGAUCAGGGGCCGCGACUGUCAACGGUGACACCAGCGCAGAGCCGGAGCGACAAAGGGCGAACGGUGACAACUCGAAUCACGACGGUGACGUUAGCAUGGCCGAUGCCGGAGCGAGAAAUGGCAACGUCGCAGCCAAGAAUACCGAUACAGCAAGAGACGGCAGAAGGGAUGGUGAGAAUAGUUCAGGUGAUGGCCAUAAAGACGGCACGAACAGACCGAUGGAUGCCGAGGAAGGGCCAAGGGAGGAAGAGGAAGACGGGAUUGAAGCGGUGAUACACCCGAUAUUCCUGCCACCGGCGGCAGCACGGCCAGACCGCGAUCUGGGGUUGCCAGCAAGUGAGGCAGAGGACAUCCGGCGAUUGUUGGCGCUGUACAUCCAGAAACAGGAGGAGGUGUGCCGGGGCACGUACAGACUGCACCGGGGCUUGCUCGAGGCGCAGCGGCUGCGCAAGGACGUGCUGCACUGGUCCAAGGCGGAGGCGCACUGCGGCGUAAACCGCGACAUGUCGGACGGGGAGGACUGGUACGACAAGGAGGAAUGGGGCCUGACCGAGGACCUGAAGAAGGGUCACGACGAGGAGGAGGAAGAUACCACAACACAGGCCAAAAAGACGCGGGCGCGGAGAUAG